UAAUGCUAUAAAAGAAUGAAUCAGAGUUGGUCAGAACCUAGGAGAAUAAUUUACGAAUAUAUCUUCAUCUAGAUCCACAUGCUACUAGAACUAGAGUAUAUUCUUAAUGAUUGUAUACUUGUUUGGACUCUCUUUCUGCAAGAUGUCAGUACCUCAUCCAAAGGUUUUCUACACCAUCAUAAUACUAUUAGCUGGGCUAGACUCGACCAGGGCGUAUCUGCUUGGGGACCCGAGCCUCAACUCAGUCUUCAAAGAAACCGGGGAUCUUUACUUGGGCGCCCUGUUCUCAGUUACUAACAAGGGCGAAUAUGAGAUGUGCGGGAGCGAGCCGUCCAUUGAGUUCUACAACUCGCUGCAAAUUAUGGAGAUAUUAGCUUUCUCAAUCAGAAAAGUCAAUGGGCAAAAUAAUAUACUUCCUGAGAUCAAACUAGGAUUUGUCUUUCUUGACUUCUGCUCAAACGUGCACACCGCCAUGAUGCAGGCUAAACGGUUUUUGCCUCGUUCUGACCCAGCGGACUAUUCGCCAAGCAACGGUUCGAUGUACUUGAACUCCUACAAGGUGGUUGGCAUCCUGGAGUCGUCUGAAGACAACAUCGCGGUGCCUGUGUCGGUGGUGUACGGAGCUGUGGGCCUGCCUGUGUUGAGAUUGUCUGGUUCCAGCGGCAGACUAGUUCGCGAUCCGACUAUAUUUUCAAGGCAAUUUAGAGUGUCGUCGACGAAGAUGGAGCAAUUGAGCGCCAUGCUGGGCUUUCUGAAGUAUAAUAACUGGACCUACUUGUCCAUAGUGCUUCAGGCAGAUUAUCUCCAGUACCUACAAGAGGACAUCUACCUGAAAGUGCAGACGUACGGUAUGUGUGUGUCCCAGAUAAUCCAAGUGACCAGUUUCUCGGACUACGAUAGCACCAUCUUGACGCUCAAGGCAAUCGGUGCCAAGGUUGUCAUGCUCUUGACAUCCAGCGAGGCUGCUCGUUUAUUCAUGGAAGCUGUCAACAAGCACCAGGCUCACGAUGACUUUAUCUUCUUGGUCACCAGCACGUGGAUUGACCUGAUGAUAUCGGGCCGCCUCGCGAAAAGCUUUUUCCUUUUCACAACCACAAACCUGAGGAUGCCCAAUUACACUUUGGCGCUUAAGAACUUGAAGUCCAAUCCAUGGUUCCCCCUCGCUUUGAAAAAGGCAUCAUGUCUGGACGAGGACUGCGAGUACGACUUCAUCACGAAACGCUUCCAGUACCUGCAGCUGAACAAAGGCAACAUCUACGACGCCGUCUUCAUUUUCGCUCACAGCCUGCACAAUAUGAUCCAAGAGAAAUGCCCCAGAGCAAAAGGAAAAGACGCCACGGCGUGCUUCGAUGCCAACUCUUUAGAGUUUUCCUCGUAUUUAUCCAACGUCUCUUUCGUUGGCGCCUCGGGAAAGAUUUGGUUUGACCGGACGAACAAUAAGAAAAUUGUGUUCAAAAUUUAUCAAAAUAUUUUCGACGUCAGCAACAGGUCGAUCGAGCUGCAGGUAGCGUACUACGACGUGGAACGGAAACGGAUCGUCUUAUCGCAUCCGUUAAAUUUAAAUUGGAUAAACUUCACGGUCAACGAAACCCAGGUGCAGACCUGCUGCCAGAAACCGUGUGCAGCGAACGCCUACAAGUUCAGAAAGGGCUGCUGCUGGCUUUGCUACGAGUGCCAGAACAACGAGAAGGUGGCCAAGAACGAGACUACUUGUGAAAGGUGCCCGCCGUUCUACUGGCCGGCCAUGCGGGAUGGGAAGCUCGAGGUUUGCGAGGAGAUGAUACACAUUCAGCAAGACUGGACCGAUCCGGAAGUGGUCGUUACCCUGGUGAUUGUUGCCUUGGCCAUCUCCUACUGUUUCCUUAUAUUCCUCUUGCUCGUGUUUAAAAAAGACACCCAAACAGACAAACACAUCAUUCUCAAGUACUUCCAUCUUGUGGCGGUGUUGAUGGGAUUCUCGUCUGUGCCGUUUUUCCUUGUCAGGGUGACGCUUCUCACCUGCACCAUUUCCCUGGCUCUCUACGUGAUGAGUUUCGCCCUGGAGUAUGGUCUUCUGCUAGUAGAGUCCUUGGAGGUGUAUCGCCAGUGUAAGGACGUCAUUAACGAGAAGGAGCUGAAGUGGACGACCCCGUUGAAUCAGUUUAUCUUCGUUGUCGUUAUAUUUACGAUGGAGAUGAUCGCCUUUAUUGUCCUGAAGUUCAUUUAUCCAACGAAGAUCGUGCAGUACCAGCCGCAGCUGAACGUCAAUGGAGUGGAGACCGGCUGCGAGGCGUCCGUGCCCCAGACCGUCACCUACCUCAUCUUCACCAUCUUUUUCUUAGCGCUCUGCCUGGUCAUCACGCUGAAGUCCCAGAACGACCGAAUGGGCGCCGAGCAUGGGCGCGUCCUCCGCGUCUUCGUCUUUCUCGCCCUGGUCAGCUGGCUGGUCUUCAUCCCCGUCUUCUUCACCGCCGUGUCGCAGAGGGGCAAGAUCAAAAUCCGGAUCACGGCGGUCCUGAUCAACCACGUGGCAUCCCUGGCCUUGAACUUGACCCCUAGCUACCUGAUCCCUCAAUGUGUCAAGAGGAAAGAUUCCGUUUACUUCUUCGGGGCAUCAUGGGAUCCCAAGGACAUUGUCAUGGAGUACAUGCCGCAUAAAGAGAAGCUGAUCAAUGACCGUAAAGAGCGUAAAGACGGCACGAGCAUCUCAUAACGAGACUUGACCUUUGCACUUGAAUAAUCUGAUAUAUAUCUCUCUCAAGUCUUUCUGCUUAACAGUUACCAUUUUUUUUUUCGCAUUAUUUUAAAAUUUCACUUCAGAUAGUAAACUUUGUGACAAGUGACGGACAUGAAGCCCACAUUUUGGCUUGUUGAAAUGUGCUUAGAAAUACAUAAACAAAGAGAGAGAAAUAGAGAGAAGAACAUAGAGACGGAAAGAGAGAGAAAGAGAGAAAAUGAUAGAGAGAGAAGAGAGAGAGAGAAUGAAAAAGAGAGAAUUAGAGAAAAAGAGAGAGAAAGAGCUAGAGAUAGAGAAAAAAGAAAGAGAGAGAGAGAGAUAGUGAGAUGGAGAUAGAAAAAGAGAGAGAGAGAUAGAGAGAGAGAAAGAGGUAGUGAGAUAGAGAGAGAG